AUGGAGACCCUGCGAGAAGCACUCGAACAGGACUUGGGGGUUGCAACGACAUCCGGUAAAGAGCCAACGUCCUUAGACAUGAUUUCGGAAAUGCCCGAGCUGCCUGCGUCCACCAAGUACGUCCCCGGUUGGCCACAGCAGCCACAAUCGGGGCAGACCGGAGGACUUGACACUACUGGGGUAUAUGGCAGUAUCGACGCCACGGCGGGAUUCAAUGAAUUUGGUAGUGGAAGUGCUGGCGAUCUGGGGUUCUCUACCAUCAAUGGCACCUCUGAUAGCAUAUCCAUGGAUUGGAACGCUAUUUUCGACAACUUGGAGUGGAUCUUCUACCACCAAUCAUCAUACGAGCUCUUGAGUCGUCCAGAAAUGAACCGUCCAGAGCACAGGUAG